AUGCAGCGCGUCAUGGCCGCGGCGUCCGCGUCCGCGUCCGCCGCGUCGCGGCGCGGCGGUUCGCAGGGUCAGGGUGGGACGCGCGGUGCUGGCGCGGGCGCGGGCGCGGGCGAGCGAUUGGAAUUAUUCGCCGGGUUGGACGACGAGACGGCGGCGGCGGCGGCGGCGGCGUUGGCGCACGGAUACGCCGUGGACGACGUCAUGCGCGUGUCUCGACGCGCGCAGCGACGGAAGCUUCAGAAGGAGAAGUACAUGCAGAAACUCCGGCACGGGUUCGACGCCGUGAGCGCGGAGGAGACGACGCGACGCGCGGCGGCGGCGCGGCGUAACGCGUUCUCGGAGACGGAUCGAUUCGGACCGCGUCGGGGCGGCGGCGGCGGCGGCGGCGCGGGGUCGCCGGGAGGGUUCGACUACGACUUCGGCGGGGGCGGUCGCGGGGUGGAGCGAGGGUUCGGCACCGAGGUUGAUCGGAGGGGCGCGUCGAGGAUGGCGGCGCGGGCCGCGGUCGCGGCGGAGUUUAAAGCGCGAGGAUCGAGCGGCGGCGGCGGCGGCGGCGACGCGGAUGGCGGCGGAUCGCGCGGCCGUUCCGGCCGCGGUCGUCGAUCCGGCGACGGCGGCUCCUCCGCGAACAGCCCGAGCGGCGGGUCCGCGGGCACCCUGGGGUCGCCCUCCACCCCGAACGCGGGGGGGAUCCCGAGUCCGAGCCCGAUGAACCCCGGGUUCAACGCGAUGAACCCGAUGGGACUGAUGAACAACCCGAUGGGGAUGCUGUCCCCGAUGUUGGGGAUGCAUCCGAUGAUGAACCCGGCGAUGGCGGGGAUGAUGAUGCAGCAGCAGCAGCAGCAGCAGCAGAUGAUGGCGCAGAUGAUGUCGCAGCAGUUCAACGCGAUGAACUUCGCGGCGACCGGCGGCGGGGGCGGGUUCAACCCGCAGUUCCAGUCGAUGAUGCACCCUGCGCAGCAACAGGCGUACCACGGCCAGCCGCCGUCGCCGCCGUCGCGACAAAACCAAAACCAAAACCAACGCCCGUCGCCGCCGCAGCGAGGGAGCGAGCGCGUCGCGGAGGUGUUCGCGCUCGUCGCGAGCAACUCGUGGGAGGAAGUCGUCGCCCUCGUGGACUCCGACGCCGUGGACGUCGACCUCGCGGACGCGCGCGGGAACACGCUGUUCAUGGCGGCGGCGUCCAGAGGGCACAAGCGGCUGUCGAAGCGUCUGAUGAAGCGCGGCGCGGGGGUGAAUAAGCAAAACGCGGACGGGCAGACGGCGUUGCAUUACUGCCUGGCGUUCGGGCACGACGCGCUGGGGGAUUACCUCCUCGCGAAGGGCGCGGACGCGUCGGUCGCGAACAAGCACGGUCUCACGCCGUUCGACGGGUUAGUGCCCGAGUAGUGCGGUACGUAGAGAGUUCGGAGGCGGCGGGGCGGGGACGAGGACGCGGGACCGUCGUCCGUCGUUCGUCGCGCGCGGGUUUUAGUUUUCGGUCGGCGGGUGUCGUAUCAUCGUAUCAUCUUCU